AUGGAUAGCAAGAAAGGGAGUGUAUGUGUGACUGGUGGAACAGGUUUUAUUGGCUCAUGGAUUGUGAAAAUGCUUCUUGAAGAUGGCUACCAUGUCAAUACAACUUCAAGAAUCGAUCCAGAGUGCAAAAGGGACAUCAGCUUCCUGACGAGCCUCCCCAGCGCAUCUGAGAGGCUACAGAUCUUCAAUGCGGACCUCGACAAGCCCGAGACCUUUAGGCCCGCCAUCAAGGGGUGCAUUGGGCUUUUCCACGUGGCCCAUCCUCUAGAUUUCGAGGAGACAGAACCCGAGGAUGUGAAAGUCAAACGAGUCACUAAGGGCCUGCAGGGCAUCCUGCAGGCCUGCGCAGAUGCCAAGACCAUUAGGCGCGUGGUAUACACUUCCAGCAUCACGGCCGCAUGUGUGGGAGCUAAGACGGGACCAUCGGGCCUGAUCGACGAGAGAUCCUGGACUGAUGUGGAGUUCGUAAGGAGGCAAAGGCUUUUCGGGGGGCCAUACUUUGUCACCAAGACGCUAGCCGAGAAAGCGGCCAUUGAUUGCGCUGACGAGCUCGGGCUGGAUCUCGUGUGUGUCCUGCCCACUACAGUCACGGGCCCCUUUAUCUGCAAGCACAUACCCAUCACGGUUUAUGCGUCCAUGGCCCUGAUUUUCGCGGACAAGUUACAUAACAAGCAUGUAAAGGACACGAGUUUGGUUCACGUUGACGAUGUUGCUAGAGCUCAUAUACAUCUGUUUGAGUAUCCAAAUGCAAAAGGGCGAUACAUUUGCGCGGCUGUUGAGUUUACUAUAGCAGAACUAUGUGAAUUUAUUUCUGCUAGGUACCUUGAAUACAAGAUGCCAAACCCAGAAUAUUGGAUGGAUGUAAAACCCCUUAAAUUUUCGGGUGCGUCCACGAAGAAACUAGAGGACACCGGGUUCAAGUAUAAAAAUGGGCUAGCUGAAAUGUUCGACGAUGCAAUUAAAAGCUGCAAGGAGAAGGGUUUCCUCUAA